AUUAAGAUGAAUAGUGAUAUUAUUGUUAGCGUUCUAAAGGAGACGUACGAAGUUGAUAAAAUUAAGGAGGCAGUGAAAAUACUCGACAAAUUUCCAUCAAUACCACCAAAAUGGUUUGUAGACAGUGAGGAGUCUAGAAACAUCAGUAUAGAUUUGUUGAACGAUAUUUACAAACUUUCAAGAAGAAGACGCAUAAAUGGCGGUCCAAAAUUGGAAGAGAAUGGAACUUUGAAAUCAAGUGAAGACUGUGAUGUUAAGUCGAAGAGCCCUGUGAUUCGGUCACCAUACAUUCAAGAAGAAGAUAAAUCGACGUAUUGGAUUCCGAUUGAUGUUUUCAAGACUGUUUCACAAAAUCAUUUAAAAGCUCAAAAAAAUCAAGCGACUAGUCUUUGA